UUCCAGAAACACAAACCAAAAGCCCUGUAACAAAUCCAGCUAGCAUUCAUUUGCCUGAUGUGCUAGCUCCCUCCAAGGCUUCAAGUCCACACCUCCUCCUGCUCCUGCUCCCCCUCCUCCUCCUCCUCCUCCUCCUCCUCUCCUCUCUCUCUCUCUCUCUUUCUGAGACAAAGAUGCUCUCCAAAAGCUCAGAUAUCGCGCAGGAGUCCCUUCAAAUAAGGCAGGAUGACAAGUUCUACACCAGGCUCCUCUCCAAGGAGAGCUCUCCGGCUAACUCUUCCCUCAGGGUCUACUAUGGGGUGGCCACUGGGUCUGUGCCUUUCUUGUGGGAGUCACGACCUGGGACACCAAAGAACACCAUCCCCACCACCGCCCUCCCUCCCCUCACCCCUCCACCAUCAUACUACUCCAGCCCCAAGAUCAAGAGCUCCAAGAAGUCCUCCAAGUCCAACCUCAUUCAUACCAUCCUCCCCAGGCUCACUCUGAGCAAGACCCAUGCACCGCCUUCGCCGUCUGUCUCGCUGUCAUCCUCGUCGGUGUCAUCCUCCUCCUCCUUGUUCUCUCCAGUAGGCUCCACAGGGACUCACCAGCGUCGGCGGUCCUCAAGCACGAGGUUUUCCUUCUCCUCCCAGGGCGAUGACGAGGAGUCCGACGAUGGGUCCCCAACCUCCACUUUGUGCUUCAGGAUGCGGCAUGGGGGCAAGCUCAGGGGGUGCCACUCAGUCGCCAACAUGAAAAAAGCAUUGCUGUCCAUCGUCGGUCAUGGAUCCAGCCAAGGUACACCCGCCUAGAGGCCUAAAUCAAUACUUUGAGGUCUGGUUGGAAGUGUAACAUUUGUGGUAGUGUUUCUCAUCUACCAAAGAAGAGCAAAAACGAAAAUUGAGAAUGUAAUAGCUAGAUAUCAAAUCUUGUCUAUGCUAAGAAUAACGUGGCUCAGUUUGUAUCAGCAUAGCUCAUGCUCUCCCUUCCUUAUUC